AUGCCACCCAAAACUAGCGGUAAGGCUGCCAAAAAGCGGGCAAGGCGCAGAAGAAUCUCAAAAUCUGACAAGAAAAAGAAGCGCAGGAGGAAGGAAAGUUACGCAAUUUACAUCUACAAAGUACUGAAGCAGGUACAUCCCGAUACGGGUAUAUCCAGCAAAGCGAUGAGCAUCAUGAACAGCUUCGUCAACGAUAUUUUCGAACGUAUCGCUGCGGAAGCUUCCAGAUUGGCACAUUACAACAAACGUGCCACGAUAACUAGCAGAGAAAUUCAGACAGCCGUACGACUAUUGCUACCGGGAGAAUUGGCCAAGCACGCAGUCAGCGAAGGUACCAAAGCCGUCACCAAGUACACCAGUUCAAAAUAA